AUCAUUGACUUGAAGAAGUCGUCGGUGAUGACGACUUUGGAUUAUUUCCAUCCAACCAUCAACCAAUACAAGUGAUAAACGUAAACGGCAGGUAAGUUGCCGCCUCGCCUGGUCGUCGUGCGCCAUGCUGAAUCCCAUUCCCACCGUAAUCUUCUUCACCUUACAUAUCCUAUUAAUUCAAUCCCAAAUCCGCACCUCCAAUCACAGUCGUUGUCCUCCUUUCCGUUGUGACCACAUAGACUUCCCUUUUCCCUUCUCCAAUCAACGCACUUUUGGCUCUGGCACCAUAGACUGCGGCUUCCCUCCCUACCAAAUCCUAUGCGGCGAGGAGGGGGAGGAAUCCACCCCAGUUCCCAUCCUCAUGAUCUCAACCCAACCAUAUCAAGUCAAAAACAUCUUCCUCAACCAGUCCUACGAUGAAGGCGUCGUCAAUCUAAUCACCUUGGUCAAUACCGAUCUCAUCCGGGACAUCAACACCGCUUCAUGUCAUUCUUUCCACAACUUUACCAGUCCUAGCUCUGGUCUCCUUCUCCCUGACUGGAAUAUUAACUUAACCUUCUUCAAAUGCCCAUCUCAGUUUGCGCCUCCUCAAGAUUUCCUGGACCAAACCGCCUUGAACUACACUUGCAAUGAUGAACAGUACCGGCUUUAUCUAGGGAGAUAUGUUAACAGAAGUCAAAUGAAACCAGCCGAACGAAGCUUCAACAAUUCCAUCACUCCAAGGGAUUGCAAUCUGGUUAUGCUGCCGGUAUCCAGUGCCGACAUAAAUGUUAGUAGCGUUAAUAACGGUGAUAUUGAGCGGAGUCAGCUCAGUAAAGUAUUGGCUGCUGGAUUUCCAUUGCAAUGGAAGAGUGAUGUGGAUUGCGAGAAUUGCAUUAAGAAAAAGGGGCGGUGUGGUUUUGACGGGACAAAAGUUGUUUGCCUGUGUGACGAUGGCUGCAACAACACCAACUCCUCCAAGCCAAAACUGUCGCAAGUGCACAAGAUUAUUAUAGGUGUUGCAUGUGGAAUCUUCUCAAUUGUCGUAAUUGUAGCCCUACUUGUGUACAAGAACAGAGCUUCAUUAAUCUCAACUGCCUAUCUGAAGAAGAAGAAGAAGAAUCAAACCACUUCAGAUGGACCAAAUGCCGAAGAGUUCAUCAAAACUUAUCGCUCAAAUCUAUUGAGCAACUAUUCCUACAAUGAUAUCAAGAAGAUGACAAAUGGAUUCAAGGAUAAACUAGGUGAAGGUGGAUAUGGUAAUGUCUACAAAGGCAAACUAUUUGAUGGUCGCAUCAUUGCUGUCAAAUUGCUCAAGUCUUCUGACAUUAUUAUUGGCGACAAUUUCAUUACUGAAGUUGCCACCAUAGGUAGGAUACACCAUUUCAAUGUUAUUGGUUUGUUGGGGUUCUGUUGGGAUGGUUCGAAACAAGCUCUUAUCUACGAAUACAUGCCUAACGGAUCGUUAAAGGAUUUACUGUCGAAAGAGGAGGCAGAGAAUUCAGUUGGGAUAGCUAAGCUUCUCGAAAUCGCGAUCGGGGUCGCUCAAGGGAUAGAAUACUUGCACAAUGGUUGCGAAUCAAGGAUUUUGCAUCUCGACAUAAAGCCUCAAAAUGUUUUGCUUGACCAGAGUUUGAACCCCAAAAUUUCUGAUUUCGGAUUAGCCAAAGUAUACUCUCGAGACCAUAGCUCUGUGACGAUGACGAGUGCAAGAGGGACUAUUGGCUUUAUCGCUCCUGAGAUAUUCAUGAGAAAUCUGGGAAACCCUUCGCAUAAAUCCGAUGUGUAUAGCUAUGGGAUGUUGCUGUUGGAGAUGGUAGGUGGGAAGCAGCAGUUCAAACAAAUAACCAGCUUUAGCACAGAUGGUUUUAGCGGCACUGAAGCCUACUUCCCUGAAUGGAUAUAUGAAAAGUUAAUGGAAAAGAUGGAUAAUGUGGUGGAUGAGAGUUAUGAAAUAGGAAGGAAGAUGAGAAUGGUGGGAUUAUGGUGCAUCCAAAUGAAACAGAGAGAUCGACCCUCAAUGAAACGAGUUGUAGAAAUGUUGAGUGGGCGUAUGGAAGACAUUGAGAUGCCCCCUAAGCCCUUAUUUAUGUUUUCUAUUCCUCGGCAACAUGUAUUUGAGGACCAAAUCAAUACAUUAGGCAGUGAUUCCAAUGUCUUGCCCUUUACGUGAUCAAAACCCUUGGAAUGCUUUUCCAUUUGUAUUUUGUUUAUUUUUGGUCUGAUCAAAAGCCUUGGAAUAUUUAUUUAUCCAAAUUUUAAUUUUAGGAAACCCGUUUUAUAAUUAAAUUUAAA